GAGGGCGGAGCCGGGCUCGCUCCAUUGUGGAGAGUAGGGGAGAGGCGCGCGGGAGUCGCGCGGAGGCCCCGCUACCAGCGCGCUCGCCUCCUGGCCGCCGCGGCUGCCCCUGGCAGGCACCGCAGCCGGGAUGCGGCGGGCGCCCGGCACUGGCGGGCAGCGCAGCGGCUCCGGGGACAUGUGCGCUGGCCCAGACCGCCCGCGACCAUGAGCCUGACCGCCCGCGUCUCCUGCUCUAUGCUCAGCUGCUUCGGUGAGGAAGGGCCCCCCAGCCUGGAGUACAUCCAAGCCAAGGAUCUGUUUCCCCCCAAGGAACUAGUGAAAGAGGAGGAGAAUCUGCAGGUGCCCUUUACAGUGCUGCAGGGUGAGGGAGUGGAGUUCCUGGGCCGGGCAGCUGAUGCCCUCAUUGCCAUCUCCAACUACCGACUGCAUAUCAAGUUUAAAGAUUCUGUCAUCAACGUCCCCCUCCGGAUGAUUGACAGUGUAGAGAGCCGUGAUAUGUUCCAGUUGCACAUUGCCUGCAAGGACUCCAAAGUGGUGAGGUGCCACUUCUCCACUUUCAAGCAGUGCCAAGAGUGGCUGUCACGGCUAAGCCGGGCCACGGCGAGACCUGCCAAGCCUGAAGACCUCUUUGCCUUUGCCUACCAUGCCUGGUGCCUGGGGCUGACUGAGGAGGACCAGCAUACUCACCUAUGUCAGCCAGGAGAGCACAUAAGAUGUCGCCAGGAGGCUGAGCUCGCAAGGAUGGGCUUUGAUUUGCAGAAUGUCUGGAGAGUCUCCCACAUCAACAGCAACUACAAAUUGUGCCCCAGUUACCCCCAGAAGCUGCUGGUUCCUGUAUGGAUCACAGACAAAGAGCUGGAGAACGUGGCUUCCUUCCGCUCCUGGAAGCGGAUCCCGGUGGUUGUGUAUAGACACCUACGCAAUGGGGCUGCAAUUGCCCGCUGCAGCCAGCCUGAGAUCAGCUGGUGGGGCUGGCGCAAUGCUGAUGAUGAGUAUCUGGUCACGUCCAUCGCUAAAGCUUGUGCUCUGGACCCGGGGACAAGGGCCACUGGGGGCUCCCUCAGCACUGGGAAUAGUGAUGCCAGCGAGGCAUGUGACACUGACUUCGAUUCCUCCUUGACUGCAUGCUCUGGAGUGGAGAGCACAGCGGCCCCCCAGAAACUGCUGAUCCUGGAUGCCAGAUCCUACACGGCGGCUGUGGCCAACCGGGCCAAGGGUGGAGGCUGUGAGUGUGAAGAAUACUAUCCCAACUGUGAGGUCGUGUUCAUGGGAAUGGCCAAUAUCCAUGCCAUCCGGAACAGCUUCCAGUACCUUCGGGCUGUGUGUAGCCAGAUGCCUGAUCCCAGCAACUGGUUGUCGGCACUGGAGAGCACCAAAUGGCUACAGCACUUGUCGGUGAUGCUAAAGGCAGCCGUACUUGUGGCUAAUACUGUAGACCGGGAAGGCCGGCCUGUGUUGGUGCACUGCUCAGAUGGCUGGGACCGGACACCGCAGAUUGUAGCCCUGGCCAAAAUACUACUGGACCCAUAUUAUAGGACGUUGGAGGGCUUCCAAGUUUUAGUAGAGUCUGACUGGCUGGAUUUUGGGCACAAGUUUGGAGAUCGCUGUGGCCACCAGGAGAAUGCAGAGGACCAAAAUGAGCAAUGCCCUGUGUUCCUCCAGUGGCUUGAUUCCGUUCAUCAGCUGCUCAAGCAGUUCCCCUGCCUGUUUGAGUUUAAUGAAGCAUUCCUGGUAAAGCUGGUGCAGCACACAUACUCCUGCCUCUACGGCACGUUCCUGGCCAACAACCCUUGGGAGCGAGAGAAGCGCAACAUCUAUAAGCGGACCUGCUCUGUGUGGGCUCUCCUGCGAGCUGGCAAUAAGAACUUCCAUAACUUCCUCUACACACCUGGCUCAGACAUGGUCCUGCAUCCUGUGUGUCACGUACGGGCCCUACACCUCUGGACAGCUGUUUAUUUGCCAGCGUCGUCUCCAUGUACACUUGGGGAAGAGACCAUGGAUCUUUACCUUUCCCCGGUGGCUCAGAGCCAGGAGUUUUCUGGCCGUUCUCUGGACAGAUUACCUAAAACCAGAUCUAUGGAUGAUCUGCUUUCUGCCUGUGACACAAGCAGCCCCCUGACUCGCACAUCCAGUGACCCUAACCUGAAUAACCACUGUCAGGAGGCCAGAGUAGGCCUGGAGCCCCGGCACAGCAAUCCUGAGGGCUCAGAGACCUUUGUGGAAUCUGUGGUAGGAGGUCCUCAGCAGACUGUAGGAGAAAUGGGUCUUCCUUCCCCUCUGCCCAGCAGCCAGAAAGACUACUUGAGCAAGAAACCUUUUAAGAGUCAGAGAAGCUGUUCUCCAAGUUACAAACUGUUUAGUAUUGCAGUGCCCCAGGAAAUGAAGAGCAACAUCUCUGAUCCUGAGAUCAAAGUCUUGGAAGAGACUGAAGCAGCAGCUCCAGACCCUCCUGCCCACAAUGAGCUGAAUAGGACUUUAGAUGGCACAGAGGAGCCACCUGAACAUUGUCCUGAGAAAGAAGCUGUCAGCACACUCUCCGAAGUUGUUUCCAACAAAUGGAAUGGAGUUUGUGAUUUUCCUGAGUCUUCCCAGGACUCCCUUUCGGGUGCCUCCCAACAGGCCCUGCUAGAUUCCAUGCUAGGUGUGCCCUCUGGAUGUGCUGCAGAUCACAGUCUGGGUACCCUUUGCGACCCACUGAGUGCUACCAGCCAAACUCCUUCGGAGCCAAGCACUGACUUCCUCAGCCAAGAUCCCCCAGGGUCUGUGGCAAGGAGUUCCCACCAGGAACAGCCCAGCUCUGUGCCAGAUCUGAUUCAUAGGGAGGAAUACACUGGCAAAAGAGGGAAUAAUAGGAAUGGGCAGUUAUUGGAAAAUCCUCGCUUUGGGAAAGUGCCAUUGGAAUGGGCCCGAAAGCCAGUUUCUCAGAGCCAGAUCAGUGAGUUUUCCUUUUUAGGAUCCAACUGGGAUAGCUUCCAAGGGAUGGUGACUUCAUUCCCAAGUGGGGAGACCACCCCUCGGCGGCUGCUUUCCUAUGGCUGUUGCAGCAAAAGGUCAAGCAACAAGCAGGUGCGGGCAAUAGGGCCCUGCUUUGGGGGCCAGUGGGCUCAGAGAGAAGGGGUGAAAUCACCGGUCUGUUCUAGUCAUUCCAAUGGACACUGUACUGGUCCAGGGGGAAAAAACAACCGGAUGUGGUUGUCCGGUCACCCAAAGCAGGUCUCCAGCACAAAGCCUGUUCCACUGAGCUGCCCUUCUCCAGUGCCUCCUCUCUACCUGGAUGAUGAUGGACUGCCCUUUCCCACGGAUGUGAUUCAGCAUAGAUUACGGCAAAUCGAAGCAGGGUACAAGCAAGAGGUAGAGCAGCUACGCCGACAGGUGCGUGAGCUUCAGAUGAGGUUGGAUAUCCGUCACUGCUGUGCCCCUCCAGCAGAGCCCCCCAUGGACUAUGAGGAUGAUUUUACAUGUUUGAAGGAGUCCGAUGGCAGUGAUAUAGAAGAUUUUGGCUCUGAUCACAGUGAAGACUGCCUUUCAGAAGCAAGCUGGGAACCUGUUGAUAAGAAAGAGACUGAGGUGACUCGCUGGGUUCCAGACCAUAUGGCAUCACAUUGCUAUAACUGUGACUGUGAGUUCUGGUUGGCCAAACGAAGACACCAUUGCCGAAAUUGUGGGAAUGUAUUUUGUGCUGGCUGCUGCCACCUGAAGCUGCCCAUUCCUGAUCAACAGCUCUAUGACCCAGUUCUCGUCUGUAACUCCUGUUAUGAACACAUCCAAGUAUCUCGUGCCAGGGAACUCAUGAGCCAACAUCUGAAGAAACCCAUUGCUACAGCUUCCAGCUGAAUGCCAGAGGAGAUGACCUGUCCAAUUUUAGCAGGUUUGAAGGGAGGAUCUGCUUCAGGUGUAGUUUUGAAGGUUCCUUGGUGUGGCUCAUGAAAUAACAGAGCUCAAAGAUACCAUCUUGAGAAAUCCUCCUUGGUACCAUGAGACUGGAGCAGAGGAAUUCCAAUUUGGCAGGAGGUCCUCUAUUGGUGAGACCCUCACCUUGGGGUAAUGGUCCUGAUCCAGACCCAGAGUCUGGAAGCUUAAUGUUGAGCUGGUGACUCCAGCUUUUGUCCUAGGGGCCACAAGAUGAUGAUUUCAUAGAUACCGCCCGGUGAUACAUGCCCCAAACAGCAAUAGAAAGGCAUAAGUAUAACCAAACUCCAAGUGAUAAACAGAUCCAUCUCUCCUCCACCUUGAAAAAAGCAGAUUUUAGUAUACAAGAUAGGAAUUCCUAUCCUAUUUGAAAUGAACUAUAUCCUGUUCCUCUGUGCUCUGUGUCUGUGCAUGAAGGCUCAGUCUUUAGAGGCACUCCCUCUAGUUGCAGUAGUUCUGUCUCUGUGGAGUUUGGUUUAAAGACUGGUUAAGCAAGUGGAGGUUUUGCUGUAUUUUUCACUUGGCUUAUCGGCCAACAUCAGUGAAUAUUCAGUUUAGAGGGACAGUUCUAAGGAGUCAGACAUUCUUGGGAGCAGAGGAAAGCUCUGCUGAUGUUCAGUCCUGGCAAAAAUCAGUUAUUUUGAGCUGCGAAGGCAGUUGUCUCUGUUACUCAGUGGCAGCUCUUGAGGUAUGCACUGUGAAGAAUGAGAAGGGAAAAGCAGAAAUGAUCCUUGUCAAAUAUUUGCUGAUCGUGCCCUGCCCUUUGCGCCUGACUUUUCCUAGUUGUCCUGGUGCUAACACAGGAGUUACACCUUGAUCCUCUCCUGGCAUGAAAAUCAAACAAUGGAUUUUUGUUGUUGUUCCAUUGCCCACUUCCCUCAUGUUGUCUUUCCCUUGGCUGCUGCCUCCUCUGGGUCACACUGCUUCUUAUCCUGAACACUUGACACCUUGAGGGUAGAAUUUAGCAUUUGGUUUUUACCUCCUAGAAUAUGCUGUUUGGUAUGUGAGGGUUUCAGUACAAAUGCUGCUGUCUAUUUCUGUGCACUUAACAAUGGAACCCAAACAGAAGAGAAUAAAGCCUUGAUACCAAAAUUGGGAGAGAAAAUGUGUCCAUUUGGACCAAACAUUGUUUUUUUUUGUUGUUGUUGUUGUUGUUUUGUUUCAUCUUAAUAUGUACCAGUGGCACUUAACCAAAAGAUACAGUGAUAUAGCCAUGUACUGUGGUUGGGACAGAUAUAGUCUCCUUGAUCUAUAAUGAAACCACUAGUAUUUCCUUUAUACAUUUUCCUUAAUCCAUUGGUGUAUAAAAGGUGAAUUACACUUAGGCUUAUCCUGUUUUAAAACUAUGGUAGCUGUCUGUCUAACUGCUACUUUCAUGUUACUUCCUAGAAAAAAAUUUUUCAUUUGAAAAUAACUAGGAUCUGCAUUUAGAACAAGAAUUGUUAUUUGUCCUGACCUUUUCUUUAGUCCUACAGAGAAGCAUCUGUGCUUUUAUACUUGUCAUGGAUGUAACCUAAAAAGUUUUGGCGUAUUUAGGUCAGCCUAGCAGAACUUUUUUUUUUUUUUUUUUUUUUCAUUUAAACGGAGUUGAAUAAUGGAGAUUUGUGUCUGGGAAAUUCCUGAGAUCAUUGAAAAAGUAACAAACUAUUCCUUGUCUCUGAUACGUAAAAUUCUAAGCAUUUUCUCAAUCAUUAAAAUUUACUGCCAGUUGCAAGUGGCUUUUUAAUUAACUUUCAUUGCACUUCACUCUGCCCAUUUUCAGGGGGAGUAAGAUUGGUGGUAACAUUUGAGGAGACUGUAUCUGUCUACUUCGUGUGGCUGUUUUGAGGGACUGUCCCAUCAGUGAACAUACUGCAUGGCCUUGGAGAGAGACUCUGGGCUCUCAGCUCAGAUGUAUUCAUCAAAUACUCCUUUCAGAGCUCUUGUGGGUGUAAGUGACAUGAUGUGGCCAAAAAUCCAAACUGUGCAGUUGCGUUGUGACAAACAUGCAAUGUGCUGUAAAAACUCAAUACAAUUUAAAUAAAAUCUCUAUAUUAGUGCU